UGUGACAAACGGGCGAUAGUACGCAUUUUUUUCAAAUCUUARCAAUUAUUUCAUUGAGUCCUAGUGAAAAACGAAAUCCAAAAAGAUUGCGAAUUUCGCCUUUUUGGAAAAAUGUUUUCUGGUCUGGAAUUAUCAAUAAGCGAUCCCAUCAACAAAAGCUGAUAUUGAAAAAUAUAAAACCAUUCGGUUUAUUAAUUAUUUCAUGUGAAUGAUUUUUAACUUGUUAAAGUCAUGACGGCUAAUUUAAACGUGUCUCACAAAGUUUUCCAAGCACUGCUUAACGUCGAUAUACUAGAACUAUGCAAGUUGUCGGCAAAAGACAUCCGUCCAGUAUUGCCAUGUCUGGUUCGGAUGAGYUUAAUAUCAUCAGCUGACAACAUGGCAGAUUAUGCCGAUGGCAAGAAGGAUGUACUCACAUUGUUGUCAGGAAUAGAACUAGUUAAUUCCAUUGUUGCACUAUUGUCAAUUGAUUUUCAUUCAUUAGAAAUAGAUGUUAAAAAAGAACAAUUAUUAAGACAAAAAUUGGGCAGUACUCAAGCCGACAGCGUUCUAAUACAUUCGCUACAAAAUCCAUUGUCUCUGGAAUUUGAGAGAAGUGACUCUACUCGGCGAUUGAGACUCGUGUUGAGUGAAAUCCUAUAUAUUUCUUCUCAGAUUCAAGAACACCGCGACAAGCAGCAUAAUGCACAAACUUCAAUUAAUUCAGAAUUUUAUAUUAAACAGUCGGAUUUAUUUGAUUACCCAGUUUACAUACCUGAAGUUUGUGACGUAUUAAACAUUGCUCUUUCUGAAUUACCAGCUAUACUUACAGUUCAAGACAUUGCAGAAGUGUUGCUUCAUGUUAAACAUGGACCAAUUUUCAUUUGUUGGAUUGUAGCCAAUUUUCCUGAUUGUUUUUAUGAUGUUUGUACAAGUUUAAUACAAAAUUCAGAAAGAUAUGAAGAAGAAAAUGGUGGUAGUCGUAUUCGAAUGGAAGUCUUAACUCAGUUAAGUGCAAUGUAUCCACCUGCUGCACUUGUGAUUCGUGCUAAAUGUGUUGAACUUAAUAAAAUGCCUGCGUUGACUAUUAUGUUGACCUUGGAAAAUAAAUUUUACAAAGUUUCACAUCAGAAUAAUGAACAAAUGUCAAGUAAUAAUGAUCUUGUGACAUUCAUUUCUGGCUUAUUACUCGGAAAUGACCAACAGGCCAGAAGUUGGUUUUCUCUUUUCAUCCGACAAAAAAGAACAAAAGAUUCUGUAAAUUUUGCUGUUCAAAAUAUGCGCGAUGAGUUAUUAUUGCAAUUACAAAACUUAUUGAAAAAUGUAAAAGACAACACUUUACCUAACUCAAGUGUAGUUGAAUCUAGUGUACUACUUAGACUUUACUGYGCAUUGAAAGGGAUUGCUGGUAUUAAAUUUCAGGAAGAAGAAAUCACUUCUCUCGUAUCCUUAGCUACGUGUUAUCCACCAUCUACACCUGAAGGUGUUAGGUUUGUCACAAUAUCAUUGUGUAUAAUGAUAUGCUGCAACACAUUACUUGCUAGCUCAGAAAAUGAAGCUAAAUGUGUGCAAUGGUUAAAAAGAUUAGCAGGAAGCGAGUCUCCUUUUUUUGGAAAGCCAACUGACACAACUGCAAGUUUUGGAGAAAUGUUACUCCUGAUGGCUAUACAUUUUCAUAGUAGCCAGUUAACAUGGAUAUGUGAUCAUAUGUGCAAUACAUUAGGAAUGAGAAUAAACAUCAGACAAAGUACGAUGGGAAAAAUGAAACAAAUUUUCACUCAAGAUGUAUUUCCUGAACAAGUUGUAGCUUCUAGAAGUGUUAAUAUACCUGUCACGCCUAAUUUAAAUGCCAACAUGUCGGGAUUUUUACCAAUUCACUGUGUUUUACAGUUACUUAAAAGCCAAGCUUUUACUAAACAUCGUGUUAACAUUAAAACAUGGAUAUACAAUUUAUUACAUGAUUAA